GCAAAGAAUGAAUGAAAAGCGCUAAUUUGACCAACGUCGGUAUCUUCGUUUGUUUGUCAAUGCAUUGAAGUGCAUUAUGAUAUUAUGGAUGACAAUGGAAAUAAUCUACACAAGAAACAGGGUACAAGGGUUUUCAAGAAAAGCAGCCCAAAUGGAAUGAUUACAACAUACUUGUGCAAAAGAGAUUUUAUCGAUAGUUUAACACAUGUAGAUCCUAUUGAGGGUGUUGUACUAGUCGAUCCAGAUUAUGUGAAAGGACGUAAAGUAUUUACUCAUGUCCUCUCAGCAUUUCGUUAUGGUCGUGAAGAUCUUGAUGUUCUUGGAUUAACAUUUCGUAAAGAUUUAUAUCUAGCUUCAACUCAAGUUUAUCCACCUGUAUAUACUAAUGAAAUAGGUGAAUUUGAUAAAAUUCUCCUCAAUCCAAAAACUACAAUUGUUUGUGGAACAACAACAACAACAACAACAAAAUCUUUAUCAAAUAAUUCAACAGAUUUAGAAUUUAUUGAAAAACAGUCAAAUGAUUCAUCUCAUUUAGGAACUAUUCCAUUAACAAGAUUACAAGAACGUUUAAUAAAAAAGUUGGGCAAUAAUGCUUUUCCAUUCUACUUUAAACUUCCUCCAGAUGCACCUGCAUCAGUUACACUUCAACCAGGACCGAAUGAAAAUGGCAAACCAUGUGGGGUCGACUAUGAGUUGAGAACGUAUGUGGCUGAAACUUCUGAUGAAAAAUUGCAGAAACGUAAUGCUGUUCGUCUUGCUAUUCGUAAAUUAACUUAUGCUCCUGAAGAAAUUGCUCCACAACCAUCUGCUGUUGUUUUAAAAGAGUUCAUUAUGAGUGCUGGUACCCUACGAUUAGAAGUUUCAUUAAAUAAAGAAAAAUAUUAUCAUGGAGAAUCGAUUGAAAUUAAUGUCCUGGUAGAUAAUAAUUCGAAUAAAACAGUGAAAAAAAUUAAAUUAUCAGUACGUCAAUAUACUCAACUCUGCUUGCAUAAUAAUAAUCGUUAUAGUUGUGUUGUCGAUGAAUUGGAAACAGAUGAAGGAUUUCCAAUUCUUCCAAGUCAAACUGGUUGGUGUAAAGUGUAUAAACUUCGUCCGUUGCUAGCUAAUAAUCGACAUAAACGUGGCCUUGCAUUGGAUGGUAAAUUGAAGCAUGAAGACACUAAUUUAGCCUCAUCAACAAUUAUAUGCAAUCCGAACCAUAAAGAAAAUCUUGGUAUGACUGUUCAAUAUCGUGUAAAAGUUCGAUUAGUUUUAGGAUUUGUCUCAAGUGAUGUAAGCAUUGAACUGCCAUUUACACUGACUCAUCCAAAACCUGAUCCAGAGAUUGAUGCCACUCUAGCUAGAAUUGAUGAUAUAGACGAGAAUAUUGAAUCAGUCGGUGUUGUUGGUGCUAAAACAAAGCCUAUCACUACAGAUUCUGGUGUAACCUGCCAAUCUCAACCAAUCCAGUCAAUUGAUGAACAAGGUGGUGGCGGCGGCGGCAGUAGCAUAUCUAGUCAACAUGUAAAUAAUCCUAUUGAUGAUUUAAUUAAGUUAGAUGAUACAACAAAUGAAAAGUGAGUUUGUUUAACCAGUGAAUUGUUUUGUUUUUCUGUUGCUCCCCAUCGUUUUCUUUUCUUUGAAUGAAUUUCAAGGCCACCAUAAACAGCUAGUAAAACUGGCCAAUCAGAUCUCAGGAUUCCGGUUAGAAAGAAUCGAGAAACGUUAUUGGCUACCUCAGCAGUUCUCAGGAUGAUCUUUCAAGUUGUAUUCAGUGUUGAUUUCAUAAACAAACAUUUAGGUGUUAUUCUCAUCCUUCACUUUGCUAUGGUAUCGGUUUUAAAGAUUUUCUCUUUAUUCUGGUCUUUUCCGUAGAUUUCUUUAUCUACUAAUGUAUAUCCUAGUGUAUUUGACCUAGGAAUCGUUGCAAAGGAUUUGGUAAACUAAACUAUUCUACCUUAUCCUUUCAAUAGGAUCUUUUAGCUUAUAAAGCUUGUUUCUAAGCAAGUUUGUUGGUUUAAAUUCCACCCCUGGGUCUAGGUGAAAGAGACAGCUUCCUUUAGAUUUUCCUCCUUGAUGGUGAAUCGUGCUUCUUGCUGUUGUUGUCGUAAUAGUUGAAUAUCUUCACCACGUUUGUCUUCUCUACGUUCACCUGAAGGAAGACCCAUCUUUCUUCCCUACCUUGCCUCUUCUGCCUGUACACCUUCGAGUUUGUGCUACAAGACAUUACGAGAAAUCAUCAUAGGCAAGAUAUAAAUCUUUUCAUCGGUCAAACAGCCAGCGUACGCCUAUCUUUUCACAGCUCCUCACAGUUUGCUGUAUAAUCCAGGUGACCACAAUGAAGAAGGGAGAUGAUUGGUGAUGAUUAGUAGGUGGCAACCUUUUCUUACUCCUGUCUACACUUCACUUCAAAGGCAUCACUGAGCUUUCCCAUUGUGAAUCACUUGGCAUGUAGUUUUUCCUCAUGUAGCACAUAGGUGCUGUUGAAUAAGGUUGAUGAAUGCUUAUGGCAAUAAAACCAUAGUUUUGAAGCAGCUAAGUUAUAUUUAUCAAUCAUAAAAUGUAAGAUGGUUGACUCCAGAGAUUAGAGUUUCUCAGCAGAAUAGAAUAGAACUUCAAGAUUGACCGUCUGACAGUAGUUAGCGAGCACUAGAAUUCCUCCGUAGAUUCCAAUUUUGAUAGGAUAUAAGACUUUCAGGUGUCUCACUGCAUUAUGUCAACCAAUGGACUACAUUUUUCUUCUUCGAUCAGUUUGCAACAUAAUUAUGCUAUGAUGAUGCAAUAUACUAGAAUAAAGAAACUUUUGUUCAGUCCUCACAGGUUUCUAGUCUAUUGUUUCUCAACUGACAUUAUGUCCAUGAUAAAAGGUUGAAUCAUAAACAGUAUAAUCUUUGAACAAGAUGUAUAUGUAUAUGUAAGCCAAGAUGAUGAAGGAAUGUUGAUACAUAAGUGAGAUAUGAUUAGAAGGGGAUAAAACUACAAAGGAGAUCUUCAAGGCAGCUAUCCAGACAAAAUGGGAGAUAUCGAGGAAGAUCCCUGAAAAAACCUGUGUGGAAGAACACUGGAAGUCUUUGAAAGAGACGUGGAAAGAAACCUGCACAACAGUAUUAGGAAGGAAGAAGAAAGAAGAUAAGUACUGGAUUUCGAUGGAUACAUGGAAGCUGAAGGAGGAGAGGAGGAUGGUGAACUAGAAGAUAAACCAGUGCAAGGAUGCUCAACGACAAGAGGAACUGAGUACAAUGUACAAAACACUGGACAAAGAAGUAAAGAAGAGUGCACGCAAAGACAAAAGACACUUCUACGAAACACUGGCAAGUGAUGCAGAACAGGCUGCAGGUAAGAGAGACCUGACGACAUUGUAUCAAAUAACCAGGUUGCUAUCAGGGAAGAGAUCAACACACAUGAAACC